GUGUAAUUUGUCAGAGUGUAUGGAGAUCUGUAUUAUUAUCUAUCAUAUUCAGGGAAGUAAGAGAUUGAUUAAAACAGCAACGUGCUGAAGAGUCUUCCAUUGAACCUGCAUCACAGCAUCAGUAGCCUUCCCAAGGAGAAAGAUGAAGACGGUUCCCGUGGCAUUGUUGGUUGCUUUAAUUGUUGUUGUUGAAGUCCCUUUCGGACAUUCAUUUCCAUCGGCAGUUCCUUCCUUUCUUUGGUCACCGCAUCAUUAUGGAGUUGCCUCAAGUGAAGCUGUCAAUUACAGAACCCUUUCACUGAAGGAUUUAGUCAAGUCCGUUAUGGCUGAGGGUGGUUGGUCGGACUUGCUGUGCUCAGGAAAAGAAGGUGGACAGCAUCUGGAUCUUGCACUUGUUUUUGUUGGGAAAGAGUUGCAAUCUGUGGAUAUUUCUAGACCCAAAAAUGCCAAUUCGGAGCUUGUGGACUUGCUGAAGGCCUCUGUUGCAAAGUCCAAUUUUUCUUUGGCAUUCCCCUACAUUGAUGCAUCAGAGGAGAGAGAAUCAGUGGAAAGCUCCUUGAUUUCAGAAUUUACAAACACGUGUGGGCAUGGUCUUGAGGCCAGCAACAUUGCUUUCUCGCAAUCAUGCUCUGUAGAGGGUGGAAGUUUUGAGAAACUCACUGAUGUCCACUCAGUUCAGAACUAUCUGCUAUCAAGGAUCACUAAACAAUCCAAGGGGCAGCCAAAUUUGAUUGUUCUAUGUGAUCAAGGUCACCGUACUCUGGGAGGAGCUGAAGAUCAAACAUCUGAAGGACAAGUUUUAUCUCAACUACUCAGUUAUGUGGAGAAUCUGGGAGCAAAAUACACCGCACUCUAUGUGUCAGAUCCUUUUAGGUCAAUUCAGUUCCCCUCUCAUAGGGAAGUAGAAAGGUUUCUUGCUGAAGGUACUGGAAAUAAAUCAGUCGAUGGCUGUGAUGGAGUUUGCCGAAUUAAAUCCUCAUUUUUGGAGGGCAUAUUUGUGGCAAUUGUCUUGCUUAUAAUUUUGAUAUCUGGCCUUUGCUGCAUGAUGGGAAUUGAUACUCCCACAAGGUUUGAGGCCCCUACAGAUUAGAGCUUGUGCAAGAUAAAUUCAUAUUCUGAGUUGCUUUGAUUGCAGUAAUGUGAAUGGAUCUUUAUGGUAUGCAUAAGCCUGUAAUUUUUGUUUAUUUGUCAUACAACACUCGCUUGUAUCAGCAGUAUAGAGAGU